UUUUCUCAUGCAGCAGCGCCGGGGGCCAAAACAGGUCAGGCUGCAUUCCCUGUCCCGUGACUCUGCAGACAUUCAGAUGUGCAGCCAGAUGCGUCGACACCCCAGAACCAGCUGUGCGGGGCGGGACGGGCCCAGACAGACGGACUCUCGGUGUACUGUGACUUGCCACACUUCAAUGAUUCCCAUCUAAAGGGGAAAUCAGCAGGGCAGCGCCAAGAAAAAGUGGGUGGGACGGGUGAGGGCGUGUUGGGGCCCAAUGGAGGAAUCAGAAGAGCCAAAAGUGGCCCUGAGGGGCCUGAACGAAAGGCUGAAGGGGUUUCUGGAUCAUGUGAAUCAGUUGGAAAAGGCCAAUCUUGAGCUGGAGGAGCUGAUUGGUGAAUGGGGAAUCAGGAAUUUGGCUCCACCGCGGGAUUGGAGCGACAAGGAGGCGCUGGCACAGGAGCUUCGAGCUCAGAUUAGAAUCAUCCUAAUGGAAAACGCAGAGGUUUUGAUACAAUCCGAUGCAGUCAAACUGAAGGCAGCACAUUUAAAAAACAGGUGUGAAACCGAGGAGAAUCUGCGUCUCCUACAAGAGCAGGAUGUGUUACAGCUGAAGACCAAGAAGAACGAGGUUGAAACAACCAACAGGCUUCUGGAAAGGCAGAUCCUUGAAACUGAACAUGAGUUGCAGCAAAUCAUUGAGGAACAUGAGAGAGAGCUGGAUCAGCACCAGCAGCGAACAGCAGAGGAGUGUGAUAGAGUGCUAGCGCAGGUUGCUGCAGGAGAGGAUGGCAGAGGAAUGGAUCUCUCCCGGACCAGCACCCAGUGCGACCAUUCUAGCCCAGCCCAGAGCAGCCCUGACUCAGCCACACCACCAACUCAAGCCCCAGGCUCCGGCCCAGCUCCACAGAGAAGGCCCCGAAAGGAUGCAGUCAGUCCCACAGUUGUGUUUCCGCCACAGGUGAAAGCAAGUGAUGGGGCCCUGAAGGAGGCACGAGCCGAGCUCGCCGAGGCCCGAAAGCGAUGGCACCGUCUCCAAGUGGAGAUAGAAUCGCUACAUGCCUUGGAAAGGAGUCUCCAAAGCUCCCUACGCCACACUCAGCUCCAGUACUCUGUGCAACUCCGUGAUCUGUCCCGGUCUGUGAAAGGUUUGGAGUCUGAGCUAGAAACCGUGCGGGAUGGCCUGGAAGUCCAGAAAGAGAGUCACAACCAGCUCCUCAACACCAAGAUGAGGCUGGAGAAAGAGAUCGCUACCUAUAGGAAACUCCUUGAACACGAGGAGGGCAGGUUUCUGAACUCAGAUGGUCGGUCAGUACAGCUGAAGCCCUGGAAAGGGUCAGAUCCUGCUCCAGAGCAGAACGGUCUACCCAAUGGAUGUGAUGAGGGCAUCGCUGAUCCAUUCUUCACUGAGAAAACUCCAAAAAGAAGCCCAUCCCUUCAGCGUCAGCGCAGUCUUGUCAUUCUGACAGAACCAGUCAGAAACAAAGAUGGGGACAUCUGUACUGUGAAGACUCAGGAGUUUCUGGAAGGAAAUGUAGUGAGGGAGAGUGCAGAGGGUCAUGGAAAUGUGGAGACAGAGAAGAUAGACAAGGUCAUCAGGCAAUGGGAAGGGUCAUUCUUUAAAGGAAAUCCCAAACUGAGGAAGAAGUCCGUGUCUCUGCGUUUUGACCUUCACAUGGCAGUAGCGGACGAGGGCUGCAGCCAGAUAAAACAGGACAGUCUCCCAAAUGUGGAGGUCCGUCUUGUCAUGAGACGGUCUCGCAGCAUACCCACCUUUGCGCAGUGAUAUCACAAUGCUAGUACAUCAAAAUUGUGACAUCACCAUUCUACUACUACAUCACAACUGUGACCUCACAAUGCUACUGCAUCACAAUUAAGUAGUGGUGACCUUGUCUCAAUGUCUCAGUGACUAAGGAAAGCCAAUCACUUUAGUGACGUGCCAUUUGAGAGGAACAAAUUUAAAUAAUCAGCAUUCGAAAGCCCAAAUUACUCUUCUGAUUGUAUUGAACUCACUGCACAUAAAGCUACUUCUUUAUUAGAAAUGUCAAAAGGCGAAUUCAUUUUUUUAAUUGACUUAAUUUUAUUCAAACUUUGGUCUUUGGAAUUUAAUAGAGAGUAUGUACGUCUUGCGGUGUUUAAAAUUCUGUAAAUUGUGGCUUUAGAGUGUGUUGCUUUUGGUGGACGCUCUACUGUCAUUAUUUUUGAUUAUUACCAUAUAUUAUGUUACUGAGAAAUCUAGAAUAACUAGCCUAUUGGUUUGUGAAAAUGUGUUCAAUUAUAAACUUAUAUAGUGGAGUCUCAAGGUGAAAAACAGGUCAAUGUGGAUACAGACAAGGUUUCACAUGCAGUGCAGAGUAACAAAAGAUGCCUUUCUGCAUUUGACGAAUGCUACCGGAACUAAUUUUACACUCCAGCGAAUGCAAAGCGGAUAUCGUGUUCUGGUUCUGCAAAAAACUGUAGUGUGAACCAAAACAAAAUACUGCAGGGUUUGCAAGAGCAGCAAAACCCAGCAGCCAAAACAAAAGAUUUAUAGUGACACCGAUGUACUGUUUUCACAAUAUUGCCUGCACUGACGUUUACAAAUCGAGUAGCAGUAAAAGUCGUCAGUCUAUCACUGCGAAGAGAAUGAAACAAAAGUAAAUAAACUGUUCGCGAUGAACUUCUAAACUUAAAAUUACACUCACCUAUAAAGGUUACAUGGCUUUGUAUGACGGAUGCAUAUAGUUUACGCUUCAUUUAAGUGCAAAUACUGUGUCUUCCAAUCUAAGAUUAUCCAGGAUUGUUCAGAAAACUUGAAAUGAUCAUUACUUCAGCAACCAAAAAAAUUGUUUCUCAUCUGCAUAUAUUGAUCAUUUAAAUUGAUUUAUUUACAUACUCAUUAUGUUCUACCUCUGAUGGUUGUUGUAUUGUAAAUAUAUGGGGUUCUUCCUGAUGCAACAAAUGGAAAUGGAUACAUAUAUUUAAAGUUAUAUUAAAUCUUAAUAAAUGUAUAUCUCUGAAA